AUGAAUCUUACUGUUGAUGUUCCAGACGUGCAUAUUCGCCACGGACGUCAAUUUCAUCGGUCUGGGAGCAACUACGGACUUCCUAAUGACGAAAGAGAGUCUGAUCGCCUGAAUGACCAGUUUCAGGCCCUCAAGUUAAUGGUUGGAUCAAAUUAUACCGCACCUUUGCCACAGUUGAACUCAGGAGAAGGUCCGAAAGAUAUCUUGGAUGUUGCAACCGGAACUGGAAUUUGGGUAGUGGAGAUUGCCCGCGAGUUCCCUCAAGCACGCGUUGUUGGAAUUGACCUGAGUAAACCAGGACUCUCUUACCGGGAUGUACCUGGAAAUGUAUCAUUUGUUGUGGGAGACGUCACCAAACAAUUUCCUUUUGGAGACGCCUCCUUUGACGUUGUCCAAAUGAGAAUUGCCCCAAGUAUAGCUGAAAGAACUAGUGUUUACAAGGAGAUCCACCGAGUGCUACGUCCAGGGGGUGUUAUUCAGCUGGUCGAGUUGUCACCACCAGUAUCACGCAAAGGACACCGCCCUCCUUCACUUGACAAAGCCGAUCAUGCGGUAGCACGCGGUGGACAUGUUCAUAAAAAGGACCAAAACAAACCUUUGUUAGACAGGGAUGGGAGGCCCGCAUACUGGUCUAUAGCAAGUCAAAUAGCUCCGGCCAUCCGGAAUAACCCUUCGAUGUGGACCAGUGUACAAGAGAAGCAGGUGGCCGUUCCCAUAGGCAUUUGGGCAAACGACGAGAUAGGUCAAGAAGCCGGCAGAAUUAUGCAGCGCCAAACAGUGGAGUUAUACAAUGGAUUUCGUCCUAAUCUGAUUGACAUUGGUGGGAUGGCUGAAGAUGAGAUAGACCAGAUUAUUUCAGAGCUAGCUGAAGAUCUGAAGGAUGGCUCGAAGUGGCAACUUGAAACCCAUUAUGAUUUUGUUUGGGCUAUGAGAGUGUAG